AUGUCGGGCGCGGGGCUGGAGAAGCCGCAGCUGAUCACGCACGUGCAGCAGUCGCUGAACUACACCGUGUUCGAGUGCAAAUGGGUGCCGUGCAGCGCGCGCCUCCUCUGCCUCGGCAGCGUCCCGCGCGGCACCGGCGUCAUCCAGCUCUACGAGCUGCAGAGCGGCCGCCUCAGCCUGCUGCGCGAGAUUGAAAAGGCCAAACCUAUUAAAUGUGGAACUUUUGGUGCUACAUCUCUACAGCAGAGAUAUCUAGCUACUGGGGACUUUGGUGGAAACCUUAAUAUAUGGAACCUGGAAGCUCCAGAGAUUCCAGUGUACUCUGUGAAGGGUCAUAAAGAAAUCAUAAAUAGUAUAGAUGGCGUAGGUGGCUUAGGGAUUGGAGAAGGAGCACCAGAAAUUGUGACAGGGAGCCGAGAUGGAACUGUGAAAGUGUGGGACCCAAGACAAAAAGAUACACCUGUUGCUAAUAUGGAACCAGUACAAGGCGAGAGCAAGAGAGACUGCUGGACAGUAGCAUUUGGCAAUGCCUACAAUCAAGAGGAGCGUGUUGUGUGUGCUGGCUAUGACAAUGGUGACAUUAAAUUAUUUGACCUAAAAAACAUGUCAUUGCGAUGGGAGACCAACAUUAAGAACGGGGUUUGCAGUGUGGAAUUUGACAGAAAAGAUAUAAAUAUGAAUAAAUUAGUGGCCACAUCGCUCGAAGGAAAGUUUCAUGUUUUUGAUAUGAGAACUCAGCAUCCAACUAAAGGUUUUGCUUCCAUUUCAGAGAAGGCUCACAAAUCCACCAUGUGGCAAGUUCGGCACCUGCCACAGAACAGGGAUAUCUUUAUGACUAGUGGAGGAGCUGGGAGCCUUCAUCUCUGGAAAUAGAGAAUUCAUUUGUGACUACAGUUAGAAAGCAUACUGCCUGUGUGGUGGUUACUGCUGAAGACCCUGGACAGCCCUGUCCCCUGGUGGAGACGCAUGUGCACUGCAGGUAUUUAUGCCAGAUGGUUAUUUUAGCAGCAGUCAUAAAGGAUGGACGUAUUCACAGACUAUUAUUUCCAAGUUUGAGUCAAGAAUUUAAAAGUUCAGUAGAAAUCAAGGGCAGAGGAGGGGUGUGACUGUAUAUAUAAAAUGUGCAGUUUUAACCUUUUGUGUGCCACCAGGGUAGGUCCAAUGAUUUCACUCUAGUUAUAGUGUAGCACAGUGGUUUUCAACUGUUUUUCAUUUGUGGGCCCCUACAAAAAUUGGAAUGGAGGUACGGACCUCUUUGAAAAUUCAACCUGUGGCCCAUGGACCCUACCAUAGAAGUCUUAGACUAAAAACCGACUGAACAGAAUUCAACUAUAAACAUUGCACGUGCUCGGCAGGGCAUUUGAUGCAACAUAAGAAAGGGUGCUAAACUAUGGACUUCUAUGGUAAACUUCUGGGUUUUGACCUUUAGAUGGGUCUGAUUUUGAUCAGAAAAAUGAAAUACCUUUUCUGGGAUCUGAAACUUUAUUUUCAUAGUCACCUUUUGUGGACCCCUUAGACAUAGUCUGUGGACCCCAGGUUGAAAGCCACUGGCGUUGCACAUAGUGCAGUGGUGGGCAACCUGUGGCCCGCGGACCGCACGCGGCCGUCAGGGUAAUCUACUGGUGGACCGCGAGACAGUUUGUUUACACUGACCAUCUGCAGGCACAGCCACCUGCAGGUCCCAGUGGCCACAGUUCGCCAUUCCCGGCCAAUGGGAGCUGUGGGAAGCAGCACGGGCUGCAAGGACAUGCUGGCCGAUGCUUCCUGCAGAACCCAUUGGCUGGGAACGGCGAACUGCGGCCACUGGGAGCUGCGGGCAGCUCUGCCUGCAGAUAGUCAGUGUAAACAAACUGUCUCGUGGCCCUCCAGCAGAUUACCCUGACAGGCCGCAGAUUGCCCACAACUGACAUGGUGGAUACAUAUAGUCAUGUAAGUGCUCCUUCAAAGUAUCCAGACUAUAUAUCAGGGAGAAAGUAAAGGCUAAUGAGAGCAAACUGUCUUCCUAAGGUUUGAACGAUUUUCAUGCAAGGAUAAUAUUAGGCGUUUGAUGUCUCUUAGACCCAAAUAAUCUCCUCCACGUGCACAAGUAGUAUGACGCUGAAGAGCACAUGCCCUUAAAUCAUUUUAGAUGGGGACUUCCUUCUACUUGUAAAUCCUGGAUGCAGCCCUGCUGUUGAAGGUGAGAGCAUGGAGAUUAAAAGAACAAGCUACUCUGAUUCUAAAAUCUGCUAUUAGAGAUAUUAAUGCUCAUAACAUUUGAUCAUAAGUGAAAUGUAAUAUAAUAAUUGAAAAAGUAACAGAGGAGUUUGCCUCUGUCAUUAACCUGUGGAAAUUGGAUCUAUUUCUAAUGUGAAAUGCUUUGCAUCAAUUAGGCACAUUGUGAAACGGCACAGAGCAGAGAUACAUGGAAAAAUAAAUAAGGCGAGUUACAAU